AUGUCCUCAUGUGCCACUCCCGCUGCCGUGAAGAUUGGAGUAAUUGGUGGAACAGGCCUAGAUGAUCCAGAAAUCUUAGAAGGAAGAACUGAAAAAUAUGUGGAUACUCCAUUUGGCAAGCCUUCUGAUGCCUUAGUUUUGGGGAAGAUAAAGAAUGUUGAUUGCGUCCUCCUUGCAAGGCAUGGGAGGCAACAUACCAUCAUGCCUUUGAAAGUCAACUAUCAGGCGAACAUCUGGGCUCUGAAGGAGGAGGGUUGUACCCAUGUCAUAGUGACCACAGCCUGCGGUUCCUUGAAGGAAGAGAUUCAGCCUGGUGACAUCAUUAUUAUUGAUCAGUUCAUGGACAAGACUACCAGAAGGCUUCAGACCUUCUAUGAUGGAAAUCAUUCCUGUGCCAGAGGAGUGUGCCAUAUUCCAAUGGCUGAACCAUUCUGCCCUAAAACAAGAGAGGUCCUCAUAGAGACUGCUAAGAAGCUAGAACUCAGGUGCCACUCAAAAGGGACAGUCAUCACCAUUGAGGGACCUCGUUUCAGCUCCCGGGCAGAAAGCAUCAAGUUCCAAACCUGGGGGGAGGAUGUUAUCAACAUGACCACAGUUCCAGAGGUGGUUCUUGCUAAGGAGGUUGGAAUUUGCUAUGCAAGUAUCGCCAUGGCAACAGAUUAUGAUUGCUGGAAGGAGCAUGAGGAAGCGGUUUCAGUGGACCGGGUCUUAAAGACCCUGAAAGAAAAUGCCAAUAAAGCCAAAAGCUUACUUCUCACUGCCAUACCUCAAAUAGGAUCCAUGGAAUGGUCAGCAACCCUCCUUAACAUGAAGAAAACAGCCCAGUGUUCUGUUUUGUUACCAAGACAAUAA